GCAUCUUCGAUGGAUUGCCAAGUGCUUAGUGCUUCACACAUCGGCCUUGUUUUCUCCGCAUUUCCUGGAGACCAACGACCAACAAGAGUUUCGAAAUAAAAUAAAAAUUACAGCGAUGAGAAACCAAAGCAAGAAAAGUGGACAGGUGGGGUUCGAUCAAACCGAUGAGCAACCACCCUUUUUAAAGCUUCAAAGAAUGACUGGCUAUGACUGUUCCUACUGCCAGAUCGCCAAAGUUCGUUCCUUUUCCAUCUUCUUCGUCGCCAUUUUCCCAAUUCAGUAGAGACAACGAAAGCGGGGUUGUUCUCUCCCUUUUGCAAUAGAUCUCUACUCUAAUGGCAGUUCUUUCACCAGCUUCAUUUGUCACCAAAGGCCCUUCCUCUUCCAGUUCCUCUUCCUCACCCUUUCCUGCCAGAGCUUCAUUCCUGAGAGCCCAAUCUAUUUCUGGUUCUGAGCAGACCAAUUUGAGAUCGUCAUCUGCUUCCAAGAGCAUGUCAGAGUUCAAAUUGAAAGUUGCAAAGAACUCCACGGGGAUGACUAAGGAACGUGAAAUUGACGAUACAGCGACUCUUACCAGUAAAAAUUUAUUUGAUGGUCUGAAAGAACGAUUCCUGAGUUUCAAGAAGCAUACAUAUUUAGAGAACAUUGAACAUUAUGAAAGUCUUGCCAAGGGUCAAGCACCUAAGGUUAUGGUGAUCGCCUGUGGAGACUCCAGGGUUUGUCCCUCUAACAUUCUGGGAUUUCAGCCUGGGGAAGCUUUUGUAGUCCGUAAUGUGGCAAAUCUGGUACCCCAUUUUGAGAGUGGUCCAUCUGAGACUAAGGCAGCGUUGGAAUUUGCUGUAAACGUUCUCAAGGUUCAGAACAUCUUAGUUGUUGGCCACAGUCGAUGUGGAGGUAUCCGUGCUCUAAUGAGUAUGCAUGAUGAUGUUGAAACAAGUAGCUUCAUUGGUAGUUGGGUUUCUGUUGGAAUGAAUGCACGCAAAAGAACAAAGGCCGAUGCUUCUAAUCUCAACUUCGAUCAGCAAUGUAGACAUUGUGAAAAGGAAUCAGUAAGCUGUACAUUGACAAAUCUUCUAACUUAUCCAUGGAUAGAAGAGAAAGCGAAGGGUGGAGAACUCUCCAUCCAUGGUGGCUAUUAUGAUUUCGUAGACUGUACAUUUGAGAGGUGGACACUGGACUACAAGGAAGAUGGUGAAGUUUCUGUAAAGGAUCGGUCCUUCUGGUGCUAAAUCUCUACCUUUCGGCUGCAACAGCCAUGCUGGUUUGCCUGUGUGUGUUUCCUUGCUUCUGCUCUAAAGUCUGUCUUAGGGUUGUCUACAAAACGUCCAGACCUUGUUCUGUCUAUAUUGAACUCACCGACAUCACAGUGUUGUAUGUAAGUUUGGCACUCCAAUCUUGAUUUGAAAUUUUUUCGCAACUCUUUCUGUAAAAUAAACCGUUAAAGCAACUUAUUUUCCUUGUGGAUGAGAUAGCAUGCAUAUGAAUCAACAGUUUAGUCCUAUAUACUUGUAUGACA